AUGGCGGACACAGGUGCUCCCUCACAGCUCACGCUCGAUUUGGUGUCAGUGCAGAAGCCCGAUGACAUGAAUUUCAUCUUCGGCACCUCCCACUUCAUCAAGACCGUAGAGGAUGUCUACGAGGCCCUCACCACCAGCUCUCCCUCCAUCGAGUUCGGCCUCGCCUUCUGCGAGGCGUCGGGCGAUCGGCUGGUGCGGUGGGACGGCAACAGCGAGGAGCUCGUGCAGCUGGCCAAGGUCAACGCGUUGGCGAUCGGGGCCGGGCACAGCUUCAUCAUCUUCAUGAGAAAUGCGUACCCCAUCAACGUCCUGAAGCGGAUUCAAGCGGUGCAGGAGGUGGUCACCAUCCAUUGCGCCACCGCCAACCCGUGCCAGAUCGUCCUCGCCCGCAGCGCGCAGGGCAAAGGAGUGCUCGGGGUCAUAGACGGCUACUCCCCGCUGGGAGUGGAGGACGAGAGCAAGCAGCAGGAGCGCCGCGCCUUUCUACGCGCCAUCGGCCACAAGAAGUGA